AUGUAUGUGUAUAAUCUGCUUUUCGUUCUAAUCGUUUUUACCUCCUGUGCGAAAUCCUUUAAUUAUACAAGCUGCGAUCACGCAAAGCAGCCAAAGUUUUUGAGCUCAUGCUGUGAUGUUCAAAAAAACGACAAGGCCAUCAAAUCGUGUCGCAAGUCCUUGCUGAGCAAUAAUUCAACCAAUUCAAAUGGGGAUGUGCGCAAUCUGAAGUCGGAUAAGGUGGCUUUGCAUGCGUGCAUUGCGGAGUGCUUUUUCAGGACCAAUGGCUUCUUGCUGAGCAAUGGCACUGUUAAUACCCAGGCAUUGCAGAGGAGCUAUCAGCAACUCUACAAAAACGAUCCGAACAUGUCGCAACUGAUGGUGAAGAGACUCAAUAGUUGCACGGACUACGCUAGGAAGCGGGUGCAGCAGUUCGAAUGGAUGCCCAAGAUGGGCGACUGCGACUUCUAUCCUGCCACCUUGCUGGCCUGCAUCAUGGAACAGGUCUACAUCAACUGCCCGACCAGCAAAUGGAAGAACACCAGCGAUUGCACAGCGAUGCGGAAAUAUUUGGUUGCCUGUGAUGAUGUGGCCAGUAAUAAGAAGAAAUAGCCAUUGCACAUAUCCAAUUAUAUCCGAAUAUAGCAUCAA